AGAAGUCGAGCCGUUAACAUAGAGGACAGUGCUGAAGAUGAGCCACCGCUGUGACAUCCAGUUGGACAAUCCCCGGGGGUCUUAUCGGGCCGGAGAGACAGUCAAUGGUCACGUUUAUCUGACCCUUUCGGAGCGUGCUUUAAUCAAAGCAAUAUGUUUGGAGGCCAAUGGCUAUGCUGCAACCGCCUGGCAGCAGCCCCAAAAGCAGAAGAAAUCAAAGAAUUCCGAGGCGCAAGUGCAGAUUCAGAGCUUGGACUUUGACUAUCGCGUGGAUUAUUUUGCUAAAAUCGAUUAUUUUGUGGGCUCGGAGGCAUCACAGCCCCAGAUAAUGGAAGCGGGCACGUACAACUACGGUUUCCACGUGAAACUGCCCAAGAACUGUCCGGGUAAUUACGAGGGGGCCCACGGUCACAUCCGGUACACGCUCCAACUGCUGAUACACAGUAGUGCAGAUCGUCCGCUAGAGAUUCUUAAUGUGCGGCAGUUGCAGAUUUUCCCGCAGAACAGUCUCAUCCAGGAGACACGGGGUAGUGAAGUGCAGAUCCACGAGCAGACCCCUCGCCUGAAAUUCUGGAUGAAACCACUGCACUUGCAGCUCCAGAUUCCCAGACAGGGCUAUUCGCCAGGAGCGGGCAUUUCCGUUCACGUCAAGCUGCACAACCCGGGAAAACUCCCACUCCGAGACGUAAUUUAUUCCCUCGUCCAGAUCAGCACCUAUGUGGCACAUCUGAGGAACAAGCCCAAGCGUAUGGAGACCAAAGAAGAGCGACAAACCAUCCUGAGCAGCAGCCACGAGCUUCAUAGCCUGCCUCGCGGCGAACUGGAGAAUUUCCAACACCUUCACAUGCUGCAAGUGCCCCAAACUGCGGCCACUUUGAGUUUGGCAGGAUGCGCCUGCAUACAGCUUAACUACGAGGUGGAAGUGCUGGUGAGAACUCUGCAGGAGAAACGCCUCAUUGCGUCCCGGAUUCCUGUGACCAUUGGCAACGUGACACCGCCUUGUCCGGGCAAACUUCUAAUGCAAGAGCCGCUGGAGGCCACUGCUCCGACACCCACUCCGCCCGCCGAAACAGCGCAAAAAUUGGCUCCAAAUUUUAGCGUUUCAACGACCUCUUUGGCUUCCAAUUUUCGGGAAGCCGAGUUCAUGGUCGCUACCAAUCUAAACAAGACCAACAAACCCUAUUUGUCCGGGGAGCAGUUGGAUUUUAGGCCACGCUAUGUGUACUACGAAAUGGAGCAGACUCAAUCGGAGGAAGUCAAGUCCCAUUGAUUGCAUGGCUACACUGAGUACACAGAGAAAACAAUAGUGGAACCAACUCUUUUUACCUAUAAACUUAAUACAUUUCGCCUACAAAUUAGUCUUAAGUAUGGUAUCAGCAAAAUUCAAAAUAUUUAUUUGAGUUCAAUAUUUAAAUAAUUAAAUAAAAUAAUAUGUUAAAUUUAAAUAUACUGUAACAUUUUUAACAAUCUUUUGAUGUACAAAUUUAAUAAUGAAAUUUUAAAUUAAGAAAAAACUCCUUUGUAUGAUGAUUAAUUAUGAUAUGUUUAAUGUAAAGGAUUCAAAAACAAUUAUCAACUGUAUUAACCCUAUAGACUUAAAAUGUUUCGCCGACGAUUUAGUUUUAUUUAUUGGAGUUCAAUAUUAAAAUAAUAAAUUUUACUAUCAUUUUUAAUAAAAAUAAUAUUUAAAAUCUUAAAAUCAUAUCGAGGUAAUAAGUAUGAAAUGUAACUUGCAAUUUAUAU